AUAUCAUGAACUAUGUAGCCUGGGUGCCCUUCGUCAUCGUCGGCGGCCUGUUUGCUUUUAUCGCUGAUUUCGCGUUGUGGAUCUUGAGCUGGCUGCCGAUUCGCGAAAAUUUGAGACGCGGCGUAGCCGGCCGGGAUCGGGGCGCCAGCGUGCUUCGUAACCGGUUUUUUCCUCAUUGCCCGAAUCUGUUGGGCCACGGUUGCAUUGGCAGUGCGUGCUGUUGGUCCGCCCGCCUUCAUUUUCAGAGAAUUCCAUAUUUCCAUGGUAUGUCCGGAGCCCAGAGUGAUCUUAGGGUUAUAGUGCCAGCAUCGUUUGAGUUGUUGUAUUUGUUGUGCUCAUGCUGUGUCCUGACGUGCUCGCUCGCGCUUCAGCACAUGUCAUCCGUGGCACGGGUGUUUUCAAAUUCAGCACUUAAGGCAUUUUGA